AUGUCAACACCAAUGAGAGGAUCACCAAAGGUGUCCUUCUAUUCACAUCAUCACGAUGAGUUUGAACAUGAUGAGCAUGAACAUGAUGAUGACCCUCAACAUCAAUUCACUUACAGGAACUACAUGGAAGAGGACAAGAGUAUCAAUUCAUUCACAUUCAACAUGGCCAAGCAAGAUCAACAACAUACAUUCCAACGUAUCAUAUUGACUAACGAGAAUGAGAAGGAUAUCGAAGAGUAUAGUGAUGUGUGCAUGGAGUUGUUAAAGAUGGUGAACUUGCGUAAUCGUUAUCUGUUCCAGCCAAAGGUUUGGCACGCUGAUACUGCACCAAGUGAGAAGCCUCCUUACAGUCCAUUCCAGUCGCCAAUUGACACACUAUCGGAACACACGUUCAAACCAGUGAAUGGAGUGUUCUACGUCUACAAGAACGAGGAGGAGAUGAAGGCUGAGAAGCCACUGUUCCACAUCCAAUCCACCCUGAACUCCUACUACAAGGACAUCAACAGGAUGAUGCAAUUCUGUGCCGAUGGUCCCGCCAAGUCCUUCACCUUUAAGCGUCUCCGUCUUCUCGAGUCCAAAUACAACAUGCACAUGCUUCUCAACGACAGUGCUGAGCUAUUGCAUCAAAAGAGCGCACCUCAUAGAGACUUCUACAAUGUCCGCAAGGUUGAUACUCACGUUCAUCACUCAUCGUCGAUGAACCAGAAGCACUUGCUCAAGUUUAUCAAGAGAAAGCUUAAGGAUGCCCCCAGCGAGACUGUCAUCUACCGUGACGGCAAGUACCUCUCCCUUUCCGAGGUGUUCAAGAGUUUGAACCUAAACGUCGACGAGCUAAGCGUAGACACUCUAGACGUCCAUGCCGACAACAACACGUUCCACAGGUUCGACAGGUUCAACUUGAAGUACAACCCAUGUGGACAAUCAAGACUGAGAGAGAUCUUCCUCAAGACGGACAAUCAUAUCAAGGGAAGAUACCUUGCCGAGUUGACAAAGGAGUUGUUUGAGGACCUCGAGAAGUCGAGAUACCAGAACGCCGAGUACAGACUGUCGAUCUAUGGACGCAAGAUGAGCGAGUGGGAGAACCUGGCCAGCUGGAUCAUCGACAACGAGCUCUUCUCACCCAAAGUGCGCUGGCUGAUCCAGAUCCCACGUCUCUAUGACAUCUAUAAGGAGACGGACAACCUGCUCAGCUUCCAGGUGUUCAUCUCCAACAUCUUCCAGCCUCUGUUCGAGGCCACCAAGAACCCCCAGGCGCAUCCCAAGCUGCACAUGUUCCUGCAGCAGGUGGUCGGCAUCGACUGUGUCGACGACGAGUCCAAGUUUGAGAAGAAGUUCACCGAGAAAUUCCAGGCACCAGGCGAGUGGACCAGCGAGCACAAUCCACCCUACACCUACUAUCUCUACUAUCUCUAUGCCAACCUUUACACUCUCAAUCAGUUUAGAGAGGAGCGUGGUCUAAACACUCUUGCAUUGAGACCUCACUCUGGAGAGGCUGGCGAGGCUGAUCACAUGGCUGCAGCAUUCUUCUUGUCACAUGGCAUUAACCAUGGCAUCAACUUGCGGAAGACUCCAGUACUUCAGUACUUGUUCUAUCUCACUCAGAUUGGUAUUGCAAUGUCACCUUUGAGUAACAACUCAUUGUUCCUGACGUACUACCGCAACCCAUUCCCAGUGUUCUUUGCCAGAGGACUGAACGUCAGUAUCUCAACGGACGAUCCUUUGCAGUUCCACUACACAAAGGAGCCGUUGAUGGAGGAGUACAGCAUUGCCACGCAGGUGUGGCACUUGAGCCCUUGCGACAUUUGUGAAAUUGCGCGCAACAGUGUCCUGCAAAGUGGCUUUGAGCACAAUGUCAAGUCACACUGGCUGGGUGCCGAGUACUUGGACCCUUCAAAGAACGACAUCAAGAAGACCAAUAUUCCAGACAUCAGAGUAUGCUUUAGGAAUGAGACACUCACUGAGGAGUUGCAUCUGAUCUACAAGGCAUUGAAUGUCUCGCCAAAGUUCAAUGAGUUGGACGUCUCCUUCUUGACGUCCAAGUUACCAGCGGAUAUCAUUCAAAAGAGCAGCAGCAGCGUGGGCCAUCAUCAACAUCAACAACAACAAUCUGGCAAUGAGUCCAAGCCGAUCCAGAUACAACAACGACCAAAGGCACCAGUCAUCCCCCCAGCGCUCUCGCUCAAUGUCUCAUCCACCAAUGAGCAAAACAUGUCAAAGAAAUAA